AUGAACCCUUUAUUAUCACCUAUAAAGUUAUUUGUUUAUUUUAUUAUAUCGUUUGCGUGCAAUGAGAUCGCCUGGUGCAACAACGGCAGAAAGAUCGGCGACGUCCAAGAUGCUGAAUUUGGGGAUUUUUCCUUUCCUCUAGAGCAUUCCUUUGAAGUUGAUGACGUGGGGCGGUUUCGGGGACGUGGAGCGCUGCAGCUGAAAGCUGGCAAGGAUCCCGGAGUGACCCUGAGUCAGAACCAGCUGUCUCAAGAUGACAGAAUCAAGCUUAAAGAUGUGGCGGCGGUGGAUGGUCUGUACAGGAUCCGAGUGCCUCGGGUUUCGUUGCAAGCGGACAGGCAGAAUGAUCGGCAAAUAGACGGAUACCUUACCGCCUUUGUCAGAGCUUGUGCUAUGGUGGAGUCCCACUUGAGCGAUGUCAUUACGCUGCACACCGACGUGUCGGGCACACUGAUCGGCGUCUCCAUCGUCACGCUUCCCGGAGCCUGCAGGGGGACAGAGGUGGAGGAUGACGUGGACCUGGAGGUCUUCAACACCACACUCGCCGUCAUGGCACCUGUCAACGCGCCCGGACCCGAGACGGCGCUGUUCUUGGAGCGCAUGGAACAGGAAUCGGAGAAGAAAGGCAAGAAUCCCCAGGAGCAAAAGUCUUUCUUCGCUAAAUACUGGAUGUACAUCGUGCCACUGGUUCUUUUCCUGAUGAUGUCCGGUGCUCAGGACCAAUCAGGUGGCGGCGGAGGUGGAGCAGCUAACGGCGGUGGACGAUAA